CGCGGGAGGAGGUGUUUGAUACAGAUAGACUGGAAGGAUAAGGGGUAAUACUGAGAGCGGCUCGGGUUUGCUGUUUAUUAACAUUUAUUUACAGUCAUGUCAAGUGAAACGGAAGGAACGAAGAUCAUCGAAGAUGCAUCAACCGAGGAGCAGCGGGAAAUGGAGGACAAAGUGGUCAGCCCUGAAAAGGUAGAAGAAGCCAAGCUAAAAGCUCGAUACCCUCAUCUUGGUUCAAAGCCAGGUGGCUCUGAUCUUUUAAGGAAAAGGCUUCAGAAAGGGCAAAAAUAUUUUGACUCUGGUGACUACAACAUGGCUAAAGCCAAGAUGAAGAACAAACAGCUGCCAACAGCUACCACUGAGAAAGCCGAGGUCACUGGAGACCACAUCCCCACUCCACAAGACUUGCCUCAGAGAAAACCUUCCCUGGUUGCCAGCAAGCUGGCUGGUUGAUUUAUAAGAUAUGGCACUGCACCCUUUUCUUCUCAUUCCUGUUUUUCGCCCUUAUUAUUGCCCCUAUUCAUCUCAUAACUUUCUUUUACACUAGUCAUUUGGAAAGACUGACGAGUAGGCAGAUUCCAGUUAAUAGUGCUGCUUGUGGAGUAAUUACAAAAAUGUAUAGUACCUGGAAUGACUGUUGAAGAAAGUCAGGGAGACCCACAAACUUGCAAAAGUUUUGAUGGCUUAAGUAUACUGUAGUUUUGGGUGAAGAAGUGUACAUAUUAACUAUUUCCUAGUGUAGGAGUGAUGGCAGGAAUUGACAUUUUAGAAAGUUUUACAUUUUUACUGUAUCAUUCCUUAGAUCCAUCAUCUAAAUGAAGUAGUGUGCUUGAAUUAUUUGAUAUAAUCUUCAGUCAUGUCCAUGCUUAAUUUUUGCCUUGUUACUGCUAUAUUCUUUGUUUUAUAUAAAAAAUAAAAUAAAAGAAUGGACUACACAGAUUGCUUAAAAAACAAACAAAAAAAAGCAUGUAUGAAAGUGAACUGGGUUGUGAAAGGUUGGUGUCUGCUUGUCUCAAAUCUUGAAUUUAAAAUGGCCUUAAACCUCAUUCGGCUUUAUCAGUUGCAUAUGUUUUUGGGCAAUAUUUGUCCACCCUGGAGACAUAUAUGUGAACCUAGUGCUGAAUGUGUGCUGAAAACUCCUUACCUAUUUAAACCCGUAUCAUUUUAGGUUUUGUAGUUGGUAGCUUACUAAAGGAAAUGUUUGAGGUGUGCAUGUGCAUAUAUUGUGCAGUCACUUUUGUGCCAUUUUUGUAAAUAAAAUAGUUUUGCACAAAUGUGUUCCAAUUGCUUAAUACUCUUUCUGGAUAUUGUUUAUUUUUACAAUAUGGAACCUUGCAUGAAUGUUUACCUUGGCAGUCAAACAUACUGGCCAUUUCUUUGCACUGUGCUGUACGAAUUAUACACUUACCUGUCAACACUCAGUACCUGUAGCUUGAGGCAAUUGUAGUGUAUGCUUGUUUUGAUUUUAAUGUACUACAGGUAAUGCACAUUGUGACCAAGAAAUAAUAUUGCCCCGAAUAUUGCAACUAUCAAAAAUGGUCCUUGCAGACCAGAAUUGUAGAUUUAAGAGGCUUCAUUAAUUACUCAUAUCUUUGUAAAAAAAACAACAAAAAAAAAAAACAUAUGUAUUACAUCAAAACCUCUUAAUAUUACUCAAUUCGGGCAUACUUCAGCAAUGCCUUAUACAGGGCUACAGGUCAUCAUGCACAAGCUACGUCAACAUCCUGUAUGGAAUCCUCAACCCUUUUUAUGGGAAAGUAUAAUUCACACUUAUAAUCAGAACUGAACAAUUGACUGUCAGAAUGCUUCUUACACACAAAUAUCUAACUAUUGGUCACAUCAACAUACGUUCUGAUGACAAUAUAGACCACAAGUGUAAAGUUGCUGUUAAGUGAAGCAUGCUCUGUACAUUAAGAAGUGAUGGGGGUUUAUACAGGCAAAAAAAAAAAAAAAAAAAAAA